AUGGUGACCCUUCUCAAGCCCGCCUCGCUGCUUGCUCUCGCGGUCGCGGCGUCGUCCGUCGAUGCCACUGGUCUCAAGAACGUCGUCUACUUUAUGGAGUGGAGCAUCUACGGCCGCAACUUUCACAUUUUCGAUCUCGACUGGUCGCGCAUCACGCACAUCAACUACGCCUUUGGCAAGCCCGCCGCGGACGGCACCGUCGGCUUGUACGACACGUGGGCCGCGACCGACAAGCGGUACCCUGACGACUCGUGGAGCGACACGGGCAACAACGUGUAUGGUCAGUUUGGCCAAGCCAACAAGCUCAAGAAGAAGUUUCGCGGUACCAAGUUUGGCCUCUCGAUCGGCGGCUGGACGUUGAGCGACCAGUUUAGUGCCAUCGCCAGCACCGAGGCCGGUCGGUCGACGUUCGCCAAGAGCUCGGUCAAGCUCAUGCUCGACCUCGGCCUCGACUUUAUCGACAUUGACUGGGAGUAUCCUGUCGAGGGCGGGAACGACUCGCCGCCCGUGCCGCACCGUCCGGACGACAUGAAGAACUUUGUGGCGCUUCUGACGGCGAUCCGGACCGAGCUCGCCAAGCUGCCGUUCAAGGCCGAGCUGAGUGUCGCGUCGCCGGCGGGUCCCGCCAACUACCGCCACUGGGACUUUCAGGCGGUCUGCGCGCAGCUCGACUUUAUCAACAUCAUGACGUACGACAUGGCGGGCAGCUGGAGUGCGUACACGGACCACCAGGCCAACUUGUACGAAGACCCGAACCACCCCGCUGGCGCCAAGUACUCGGCCCAUGGCGCGAUCCAAGACUACAUCAAGGGCGGGUGCCCGAGCAACAAGAUCGUCAUGGGUAUUCCGGCCUACGGUCGGUCGUUCGAAGGCACAUCGGGUCUCUACGGCAACUUUACGGCACCCACGGCUGGCUCGUGGGUCUCUGGCAACGACGGCAAGGGUGUCUGGGACUACAAGGCGCUGCCGCGCGCGGGCGCCAAAGAGGUGUUUGACGCCAAGCUCGGCGCCGCCUACAGCUACGACGAUGCCGCCAAGACCUUUACGUCCUACGACUCGCCCGAGAGUCUCGCCAUGAAGCUCGAGUACAUCAAAAAGUACAACCUCGGCGGCACCAUGUUUUGGUCGGGCGACGCCGACGCCAAGGCCGGGUCCCCGCGGUCGCUCAUCUCGCAGGUCUACGACACGUUUGGGAAGGAGCACAUGGCGUUCGACGCCAACAACCUCAACUACCCGACGUCCAAGUACGACAACAUCCGCAACGGGUCGUCGACAGACCCGACGCCGGCGCCGAGCAGCGACAAGCCGACGUCGGCGCCGGUGACGGUGGACCCGAUCACGGAUGGGCCCGUGACGGACACGCCCAGUGACAAGCCGACCACCAAGCCUACUGGCAAGCCCACGGACAAGCCGACGAAGAAGCCAUCUGAUAAGCCGACGACGAAGCCAACCGACGAGCCCACCACCAAGCCGACGAAGAAGCCAACCGACAAGCCGACGAAGAAGCCAACGGACAAGCCGACGUCGCAACCGACUGGCGCUCCGAGCGAUGACUGCGCUGGCAACACCAACACGUGCUUUUGGCCGCUCACCAAGCAAGCGCUCAACUACAGCAAGGACGACUGCACCAAGUUCAGUUCGUUUGUGUGGUGCCCAUAA